AUGAAAGAUAUAAAAAAUGAGAUUUCAAAUGCCAAAUAUGUGUGUACGACAGCAGAUAUCUGGAAUUAUGCACAGAAAAGAAUUUCAAAGAAAUAUUCAAAAGAAUUUCGUAUGCCAUUGCCUAUAAACGAUUCCCACACACAUGACCGAAUUAUGAAUAUUUUGAAUAAAAUUCAUUCAAAAUUUGAAAUAACCAGCGAAAAGUUGAUAGCAACUGUUACGGAUAAUGGUUCUAAUUUUGUCAAAGCUUUUCAAAAAUCCGGAGUACAUAUAGACGAAUCUUUGUUUUAUGAAGAUGUACAUCAGUCUGUGGAAACAGUAUCUUUUGAAGGAAUUAUUUCUCCAUUAUUACCUCCUCAUCAAAGAUGUGAUAGUCAUACUUUGCAUUUAGUUGUAACAACUGAUAUCUUAAAUGGUCAAUUCACAUGAAAAUAUUAAACUGUACAAUGAUGUAAUGAAAAAAUGCACGAGUUUGUGGAUUUCAAUAAGAUCUCCAACAAAAUAUGAGAUAGCAGUUGAAACAUGGGAGAAACAUUAAAACGAUCCGUUGCCGGAUUAAAACGUCCGCUAUGCGGUGGAAUUCGUUGUUCGACUGUUUUAAACAACUUAUAAAACUGAAAGACAAACUUUUCACCUUGUAUUGUCAAUUAGAUAUUGAUCUCUUAUCAAUGGACGAUUUUAUAUUUAUAGAAGAAUAUAUUAAAUGCACUGAACCAAUCGCAGAAACACUUGAUAUUCUUCAAAGUGAAGUUGUCGUCAGUUACGGUUAUUUGUUGCCAACAAUUAUUUCUGCUAAAAAUAAAUUACAGAAAAUAAUCAACGCAGAUUUUAUUUAUUGCAUACCAUUGGUUAAUUAUUAAUAACGAGUUUGGAAAGAAGGUAAAAACAAUUUGUUAAAGUAAACUUUCAAAUUUCUCUCGGUAAGUUUGCUUGCAUCAAUUAUUAUCUGAAAUUCUAAAAUAUUGAAUAUUACAGA